GAGUAGAGAUUCACUCAAAAGGGCAGAAACAACCCCGCCCCCGCCUCGGCCGCGUCUAAAACCCUAGCUCCCGCCGCCGGCGAGCAACGAGAUGAUGGAUCCGCGGUGGCGCCCGACGGUGAACGAGCGGGAGUUCAUCGAGCAAGCCCUCCAGUCGGACCUCCGCGUCGACGGCCGCCGCCCGUUCGAUUUCCGCAAGCUCAAAAUCGCAUUCGGAAGGGAGGAUGGCUCGGCGGAGGUGGAGCUCGGCGAAACGCGUGUGAUGGGUUAUGUGACUGCCCAAUUGGUCCAGCCGUACAAGGACAGGCCUAACGAGGGCACGCUGGCCAUAUUCACCGAGUUCUCGCCCAUGGCUGAUCCUGCCUUUGAGCCGGGGCGACCUGGGGAAGCAGCGAUUGAGUUGGGCCGUGUCAUUGAUCGUGGCCUAAGGUCUCCAGAUGGCUGUUUGGUAGUUCUUUUUUUGUCAAAGAGUUUAAGUGUGGAGUUUAAUGAGGAUUCUCGGUGGUGUCACAGGGAGAGCAGAGCCGUGGAUAUGGAAUCCCUGUGUGUUGUUGCAGGGAAGCAUGUCUGGUCGGUGCGUGUUGACCUUCACAUUUUGGACAAUGAGGGGAAUCUCAUUGAUGCAGCUAACAUCGCUGCAUUGGCAGCUUUGUCUACAUUCCGGAGGCCUGAAUGUACGGUUAGUGGGGAUGAUGGUCAGCAAGUUACAGUACAUGACUCUGAGGUCAGGGACCCACUUCCCCUAACAAUUCAUCAUCUCCCCAUAGCUGUCACCUUUGCAUAUUUUGGUGACGGUAAUAUCAUGGUUAUCGAUCCAACGUACAAGGAAGAAGCUGUUAUGGGAGGAAGGAUGACAGCUACAAUUAACUCGAAUGGUGAUGUCUGUGCCAUUCAGAAAGCUGGUGGAGAGGGUGUCAUGUCAAGUGUUAUCAUGCAGUGUUUAAGGAUUGCUUCGGUUAAAGCUGCUGAUAUAACAAGCAAAAUAAAGAGAGAGGUCGAUGAUUACACUACUGAAAAGGCAUUGCAGAAAGUAAAGCGUACUCCAGCAUUAGUGGCUAAAAAAGUUAACGUUCCUGAUGUAACUAUGGAGGAGAGCACUCAUAGUGCAUUGGAAAACCAAGCCUCGAAGGCACCCAAUGAUGGUCAGCAGAUAAGCAAAGGUGAUGAUGAUCAUCAAAAUAUAAAAAGGAUUCCUCCCUUGACUGUGGACCGAACCGUUAAACACAAACAAACAUCCACAUUCGUUGGUGGCCCAUCAAAUUGGGAUCCAUACUCCAAAGGAGUUUCGUUAAGCUCCCUCAGAAUCUCUCAGUUUCCUGAUCCGCCAGCUAUACCAAAUGACGGCAAGCAUGAGGAUACCAAGCCAAUGUUGACUGAAUCUAAUCCAGAGGUGAAAAGCGUGUUGAAUUCUGGAACGGCUGGAGAGUCGGAUGAGGUCAAGGAAAGCAGAUCACCUAAGAGUCUAAUAGAUGCUGUCAAACCAAAACACAGAAGGAAGAAGAAACAACAUGGCAAUAGUUAGAUUGACUGUAACCUACAGGUCUUAAUUCCAUGAUGGUUGUAGACACAAUUAGUUAGCUUUCUUAUUCUAUUGACGGUGCACAUGCUACAGCGUUACAUUAUGAGAUUUUAAGCAACGACUAAUAGUGCUCUCUUUUGCUACGCCACCAUUCCUGUAGUUUUCAGUUACAUAUUAACAUAUGUGCUCUGGAGGCAGUCAAUGGAACAUCUCUUUAGGCAAAACUUUCCUGAUUGAAGGACCUUCAUAA